AUGGCCUUAGCAAAUGUACUCGGCUUUAAAUCGAAUAAUGAAUUUGAUCGUUCACUUCAAUGCCAAAAAACCGAUAAUAAUAUUGAUGAGUUUUGUCCUACGUUGAAUAUUGAAAAUAUCGCACAAUUCAUCACACUUCCACCUUAUGCUGAUCCAGCAAAGUACUUGAAAAUGGUCAAUGAAAAAGUCGAUCGAGUUAAAAUACAAUUUCUCAAAGGUACAACGACAUUAGCAUUUAAAUUCCGUAAUGGAGUCAUCGUGGCUGUUGACAGUCGGGCCACAGCUGGUGGUUUCAUUGCUUCUGGAGAAGUCAAGAAGGUCAUUGAAAUAAAUCCAUAUUUGUUGGGAACCAUGGCCGGUGGUGCAGCUGAUUGUGCGUUUUGGGAACGUGUUCUCGCUCGACACUGCCGUAUCUAUGAACUACGUAAUAAGGAAAAGAUUUCUGUAGCUGCUGCUUCCAAAAUUCUAGCAAAUAUGAUCUUUGAAUAUCGUGGUAUGGGCUUAUCCAUGGGUACAAUGAUUGUUGGCUGGGACAAACGAGGUCCUGGUUUAUAUAUGGUAUCAGACGACGGUGAACGCAUUAGUGAUAAUAUAUUUUCCGUUGGUAGUGGAUCUAUCUAUGCCUAUAGUAUUCUUGAUGCUGGUUACAAGUAUGAAAUGAGUACUGUUGAUGCAAUUGAUUUGGCUCGACGAGCUAUUGUACAUGCUGCACAUCGUGAUGCGGCUUCCGGAAACAUUGUUCGAAUUUAUCAUAUGAAAGAAACUGGUUGGGAAAAGAUCGAAGAGAAAGAUACGAAUGAUUACAUAUUUUUCCAAUGUUUGUAUAAUGACCGAAAAUCAUUCGAUACGCUAUUGCUAUCAUCGUUCUGUCUUGGUACCUCUUGUGGAAAUUAG